AUGGCAAGAAUUUGGUCCAAUGGUGCAUGUAAAUCAAGACAUGCUGUAGCUCAACAAGAUCGUGGUGAAUUUAUGAAAACAUUGGAAACACGUCAACAAACUUCACCGAAAACUUUAAAAGUAAUCGAAAUAUCAAUGAACUACGAAUUGUCCUUUCAAAGUAAAUAUUCUGCAUCAGUGGUAUCUGAACGCUUCUAUUUGAUAGAUUAUAAGAUGUUAUGUGAAUAUGAUCAUCGUAGUUCAAUAGAAGCUAAAAACUUUAGCUCAACUUCCAACUCAUUUGCAUAA